AUGAUUUUGGGGAAAUGCCCAGAUGCUAUCGUCGAUCUCGUCCGGGCUUGUGCCCGAUCCAGGCAUCUGGGAGAGGCCAGGCGGCUCCACGCCCAGAUUCUAGACAGCCCCAAUCGCGGCAACAAGCUGGUGCUGGAUCAGCUGGUGAUAAUGUAUGGCAAAUGCGGCAGUGUGGAAGACGCCCGCGAGGUGUUCGAGAGCAUCGAUGCGCCGGAUGGCUACUCGCGCAAUCUUCUCAUGGUUGCUCACGCGCACAACGGGCAGAUCCACGGAGCCAAACUCACGUUCGACAGCAUGGGGAUGAGGAGUGUGGUGUCAUGGAACGUCAUUGUUCUUGCAUUUGCCCAGGUUCGGCAUCUAGAGGAAGCACGGAUAAUCUUCGACUUUAUGCCUGCCAGGACGAUCGUCUCGUGGAACACCAUGAUCGCUGCCUACAGUCAGGCUGGGUCAGUGACGGAAUCGAAACUUCUUUUUGAUGCUAUGCCUGGUCGCAGCGAAAUCUCUUGGAACAGCAUGAUCACUGCAUUUGCCCAAAAGGGGCAUUUUGAGAUUGUGACCGCUUGCUUCUACAAGCUACCCAAGCGAACGAUCGUGUCGUGGAACUCCCUACUUUCAGCGUUUUCUCAGAGAGGUCACACGCAGAAAGCCAUCGAAAUCUUUCGAGCUAUGCCCGAGAAGGACACGAUCUCCUACAACGCAAUGCUGAUCACUUAUGCUCAAGCCGGGUUUGUGGAGGAGGCCAAAAGGAACUUCGACGAGAUCCAGGAGAGGAGCAUAGUCUCUUGGACAGCGAUGCUCCAAGCGAGUGUCAUCAGCAGCGAUCUGGAUGGGGCCAGGAUCAUCUUCACGCGAAUGCCGCAGCACGAUUACGUCUCCUGGACAGCGAUCCUCUCGGCGUGCGCAUCGAGCGGCCGGAUCCAGCAAGCCAAGGACAUCUUUGAGGAGAUGCCCGAUCGCGAUCGUCACGAGGGCGCGCAGAGCGCGAUCAUUGGAGCGUAUGCCCAAUGCGGGUAUCUCGAGAGCGCGAAGAGAGUGUUUGAUAAAAUGACCUCGCGGACGAGCCUCUCGUGGACCGGACUCCUCUCAGGCUAUGCUCAAGGUGGCCAUGCUGUGAAAGAAGCAAAAGAUCUCUUCGAUAGAAUGCCCGAUCACAACGUUCUCGCUUGCACGAUGAUGGUCUCGGCGUACGCACAGGACGGAGACGUGGUGGAAGCGAGAAAGAUGUUUGAUUCCAUGGCAGAGAGAAACGAGGUCUCUUGGAACGCUCUUCUUGCCGCAUAUGCUCAAAGAGGAGAUGUGGAGGAAGUGAAGCAACUAUUCGAUCGGAUGCCCGAGAAAGACGUUGUCGCGUGGACUGGUUUGAUCCAAAGCUAUGGUGAGGCCGGAAAUCUCCUGGGAGCGCGGCGCGUGUUUGAUCGCAUGCCCGAGCAGGACGUAGUUUCGUGGACCGCCAUUCUCUACGCGUAUGCGCUCCACGGGCAUCUAAGCGAAUCGAAGAAGCUGUUCUUGGCGAUGCCCGAGCGAGACGCGCUGUCUUGGAUCUCCAUGCUGGGUGGAUACGCCGCCAAUGGCGACGUGGAGACGGCCAAGAGUUUCUUCGCGAGAAUGCCGCAGCAGGACGAGAUCUCAUGCACGGCGAUCAUGGCAGCGUUUGCGCACAAUGGCUACUGCUCCCAGGUGGUGGAGGUGUUCUGGCGGAUGAUCGUGGAAGGCGUCAGCCCGGACGAGGUCGCCUUCGUCACGGUUCUCACGGCUUGCAGCCACGCCGGGCUGCUGGAGACGAGCUGGGAGCUCUUCGUGUCCAUGCGGGAGGAUCAUGGAUUGAGGCCUCUGAGCCAGCACUACCUCUGCAUGAUCGAUGUUCUUGGGCGAUCGGGAUUGCUGUCCAGCGCGGAAGAACUCAUCGCCACCAUGCCGUUCGUCCCCGACGAGGUGGCGUGGGGGAUGCUGCUGGCGGCAUGCAAGGUCCACAAGGACGUGAGCCGUGCCGCGCGGAUAGCCCGGGAUGCUGUGGCGGCAGACCCCGAGGAUUGCUCCUCGUACGUCUCGCUGGGCAACACUCUGGGCGUCACUGUGGAAGAGAAAGACGGAGAUUUGCGCCGACUAGGUUUCAUGACGUGA